GGGCAGCACAGCGCCUCCAACCACCAAAACUCUACCACCAUAAACCCCAGAAGAAGAAGCGUCAGGUCUGUCGGUCGGUAUCCAAUGCAGAGCGAUGGGUUUUCCUGACAGCUGCUGACGCUCUGUGGCGAUUGGCCCCCACAGCCGUCCGUCAACAUGCAAGGAUUCUACUCCAAGCUCGACUCGUCCUCAUCCCCGUUACUGGGGGUGGGCCUCGGGGCGGAAGGUGCCCCGGUACCGCUGAGCCUGGCCGUGGAGACGAAGAAGGCUCAGGCUCUCCUGCAGACGUUCAGCUCCGCCUCCCUGCUGGCCUCGGCGGGACUCGGCAUGUUCUGUGUGGUGGCGGACCACUCCCUCCAGCUGUCCGUCGUCCAGAACCACCUGUGGCUGCGCGCCGCCCUGGACAACGCCACGCACGGGUUGGUGGGGCUGUGGUCGUGGGCAGUUGUUAUUGGACUAAGGAAAAAGAGUGAUCUGUAUGAGGUGCUGCUCGCCGGCCUGCUGGCAUCCAUCAUAGACCUGGACCAUUUCUACAUGGCUGGCUCCCUGUCACUCAAGGCUGCUGUCUCGCUCCCUCAGCGCCCCCCUCUCCACUGUUCCUCCCUCAUCCCCGUCCUCUGUCUCUCCCUCCGCUUCCUCAUGUGGAUGGGGCGACUCAAAGACGCUUGGUGCUCCUUGCCCUGGAUGCUUUUCAUUUCCAUGGCAACGCACCACGUCCGCGACGCCGUGCGCCGCGGCCUCUGGGUGUGCCCGUUUGGCAACACGGCGCCGCUCCCCUACUGGCUGUACGUCAGCACCACGGCGACGCUUCCCCACCUGUGCUCGGUGCUCAUGUAUUUGACGGGAACCAGGGACGUGAUCUCCACCAAACACGGGGUGGCCAUCGACGUUUAGGAGUCCGCCGACCCGCCCGACCACCCAGGUGCCGAUCCAGAGCGUCUCGUCUCGCGGGCCAAAGGCCGUUUGAAAACAACUUUCAGAUACCCGACGAACAGAAACCGAAGAAACUCAUUGGUUUCUCCGGCCUCAAAUAAGGAAACUCUCACUAUAUGAUUCUGUAAAACCACUAAACAUAGACGUAGGUUUUUCCAUGGGUUGACCCGAAUGACCCUUCCAAGCUGUUGCGUAUUGUUUGGUGAAGCCCGUCAGCUCUCUGCUCAUCUCCCCGAAGUCCAGAUAAGGGACCGGAAGAACUCCAACUCCUGGUCACAUGAACUCUGUCCGUCUACGUCCUAAGAAGGAAACCACUCGAGGUAAAGCCCACCAAAGGUUUUCCCUCCCUGGCUGUGAGACAGCGGCAUCCCCUUGGUGUGUGCGUCACCACGGUUACUUUGCUGCCAUAGUAGUUGAAAUGUAAUGUGUUGUAGAGUACGCUUCAUAUCUUACCUCCAGUAAUCACCACAGAACACAAUCGCUCGCGUGUUGCUGCUCGGACGGGCUUUAUUUUCCAAAAGUUCCAGUGCAGCCAUCAUGGAUCAGGAUUUAAACUUAGUAGAAACACCAAACUAUCAAGGUCUCCAGGGUGUUGUUUUUGAUGUUAUUUAAUGUCCGUGCGAUAGGCGCACCUUUUAAUCAAGACUUCAGAAAGGAGGGACCUGGACAGAUGCUGGACGUUUUCAUGCAUUCAGGGAAUCCUUUUGCUGGUAAAAUGUUCACGUAACUUACAGGAAUAUAAAAUAGGGGGGUUUUAAAUGCUGUAUUAACUUGCUGUAUUGCAGUUGUGGUUAUUUGAUGAAAUAAUUGCUAUAGUAUGCACUGAGUUGGCUUUAUGGUGGUGAAACCAUGACUUGCAGAAGUACGUGGGCUAUUUGUCUCACAUGAAUAAUAUCCACUACGACGCUGAUAUGGAGGUAGAAAGUCAGGGAGUGCAGUGUAGUUCUCAAACAUUAAUCCUAUUUGUGUUGGCACAGUGGAUUCAAUGGGUUUCAGGAACGUGUUUAUAAUUGCUUAAUUAAUGCAAAUUAGUGUGAUAUUAAAGACAAUCCAUAAUACAUUUUCUGUAGUAAUUAACUUUGAGAAAGGUUAGGUUACACAGUGGCUGCCGUCCCUUUUGAAUUACAAGUGUUUGAGUGUCAUGUACGUUUUACUGCUGCUUAUGUGACCUUCAUCAAUGUUAGUUGAAUUUUGCACAUCGUAACAUUUGUUUAAAUUAUGUUUGCUGUUUUUGUAUGACGAUCGUUUGAUUUCAAUAUUAAUAAAGUCUAAAUAUUAACAGCA